UUAUAUUUAGCCAGGCAGUGUGUGGGCAGCUUGCUGAAGGACCCCAGGCCCGGCGAAGCAUUUUAGCUGAUUUGAAAUUAGCAGCAGCUGCAGCCACCAUGGCUCUGUCUCCAGCGGUGUCCACUCUGACUGAGAACCCCACCGAGGUGUUCCUGGACGCGGCCAAGCUGCUGCUCACAUACGCCGACAAUAUCAUCAGGUUUCCUCGUGAGGAGAAGUAUCGCUCCAUCCGGAUCGGUAAUCCCACUUUCUCCACCAAGCUGCUGCCCGUCAGAGGAGCUGUGGAAUGUCUCUUUGAGAUGGGAUUUGAGGAGGCUGAGACCCACCUGGUCUUCCCCCAGUCGGCGUCAGUGGAUCAGCUGAAGCUCAUCAGGGAAUCAAUAGCUGCAGAGCGGGACCUGAUGAUGAGCGGGGGCCGUCCCGUCCAACCUGCUGCUCCGCCUGUGGAGGCCCCCACGCCGGCACCAGAAGGGGCCGCGGCUGCUCCCAGCCCACCAUCGGCCCAGCAGCCAUCAUCCCUGGAGAGCAGCAUGAGUUUCUUUGUGACGCUCCAGUCCAACUUCCAGCAUGUGAUGCAGUAUGAGAGCGCCGAGCUGCAGCUGAAGGCCCGCAGCGCCAUCCCCCACCAGCAGCUGUCCUCCACUGCUCAGACCAAGCUGACGGAGCUGAAGGAGGCCGACCCAGAUGCUAAAGUCGGACUGGAGGACUGCCUGGUGCUGGAGCUGCUGCGGUGGUUCAAGCAGGACUUCUUCUCCUGGGUGGACCGUCUGCCCUGCAGCCGCUGCGGGGGUCCCACCACACACGGACAGGCGCUCAGUCCCACGGCCGAGGAGCUGCGCUGGGGCGCCCAGCGGGUGGAGAACCACUACUGUCAGAGCUGCCAGUUGUCCACCAGGUUCCCACGCUACAAUCAUCCUGAGAAGCUGUUAGAAACCAGGAGGGGGCGCUGUGGAGAGUGGGCUAACUGCUUCACGCUGUGCUGCAGGGCUCUGGGCCUGGAGGCGCGCUACGUCUGGGACAGCACAGACCACGUCUGGACGGAGGUCUACUCGGAGUCUCAGCGCCGCUGGCUGCACUGCGACUCCUGCGAGAACGCGUGCGAUAAGCCGCUGCUGUACGAGGUGGGCUGGGGGAAGAAGCUGGCCUAUGUUCUGGCGUUCUCCAAGGAUCAGGUGGUGGAUGUAACAUGGAGGUACUCCUGCAAACACCCGGAGGUUCUAUCCAGGAGGACCCGGGUCCAGGAGGCGUGGCUGCUGCACACCAUCAAUGGGCUCAAUGCUGCUAGGCAGCAGACCCUGAGCGCCGAGCGGAAGGCGGAGCUGACGGAGAGGCUGCUGGUGGAGCUGGUGGAGUUCAUCUCCCCCAAGAAACCCAAGGCUGGGGAGCUGGGGGGCCGCAGCUCGGGUUCGCUGGCCUGGAGGUUAGCGCGAGGAGAAACCAGAGCGGCGGCGGCUGGGACGCCCACACAGGCUGAAGCUUUUGUUUUUACUCCGACGGAGGAAGAGAAGAAGUCCAGGCUGCUGCACGUGCGCUACUGCGCCGCCCAGGACCAGUACUGCCGGGUGUCCAGCUCCUCGGAAACCCUCCUAAACUGGGAGCGCUGUGUGUGGACCAGGGAGUCUGUCUUCAGGAAGGAGGAGAAGGACUGGAAGAUGGUGUACAUCGCCCGGACAGAGGGCUCUUCUGUGGGAAGGAUCAGCUGGAAGUUCAACUUUGCUCCUGCUGGGUUGAAGGUCGACUCUGUCUCCAUCAUGGCCAGCAGCCAGACCUUCCACUCCGGGAGAGUCUGCUGGAGUCUGCGCUCGGGGCCCGUAACCACGGAGUUCUCUGCCGAUGGGAAGCUGCAGUCGUUCCCCAGCCUGUCUGGAUCCUCAGAGCUGAUUGUGGCGGCGGAGCUCAGCGGGGGAGAGGGGAGCUGCUCAUGGCAGCACUCUCAGCUGUUUAGGCAGGCCUUAAAGGAACAGGAGCCGUCGUUUGAAGUCAUCAUCCACCUUCAAGACGCUUAACCACAUCUUUUACUUUAAUGUGACUGUUUUCCACUUUCCUGUCCUGAUCUGUUUGGAUUUAAUGAGGCAGAGUGGUGCAAUAUUUACAGGUGAUUGCCCUGAGGACGGAUGGAUGGACAGAAAGAUAGACGGAUGGAUGGGGACAUUAUGUGUUUUGCUCUUACUUGGAUUUUCUUGGGGCAUUAAAUCUUCAGAGGUAGAACUUCAACCAUAAGCCAUAUGGUUUUCAGAUAUUUCCUUCCAAUAAAAUAAAUCUAUAUUUACAGCUUGUGGCACAAAGACAAACUGUCCCAGCCUGUUUCCUUUUAGUAAUAAAAUGCUCUUAUCUGCC